GUCCGAUGGACCUGCUCAGGAAGAGGCUGCGGGUCAGAAGGACGACGUUUGUUGCUUAUUUUCGGCUAUUUUCCACAUUUUUCGUGCUAAUGUGUGCGGCGAUUUGGUAGUUUGCUCUCAGCUUUAUCUUUUUCCGCCUCUCCGCCAAGGGUGGUCAUUACUGAAGAUUUUAUGAGUCUAUCUGUGAUGCUGAAAAUGACGGCUGGGCGUGUUUACGUCCGCUAACCAAAUUGGAUGUUUGUGGGUGAUCGCAGCAGCUUUACAGAGGUCACUUCUCCAUCAUCGCGUUCCGUCUCGUCCGGUUCUGUUGCCAGUCAGCUUAGCGGCCGCUCGAUGCCUAACACCUCAGAGGGUCAGGGAACAAACCUGUCUGGGUCUGCGGAGCCAUCAGGGCUGCAGCGGACCGCAGACAGGGAGGAGGAGCACAGCCUGAUUCGGUCCCUGGCCCGGGAUGCCGCGAGGGUGAGGCGGGCUUCUAGUGCUGAGCUCCACCUGCCGUGGACCUGCCCGGUCACACACUCCCGUGAGAAGUUCUACACAGUCUGCUCUGAUUAUGCCCUCUUAAACCAGGCUGCCUCCGUGUACUGCCCCCCAAACACAGGCAGGGACGCGCUCUCAAAGAAGCAGGAUGACGGAUCCCCACGUGUAAAGCCCAAACCCUCCACAGAGCUCAGUGCCGCACACACUGGAGGUUCCCGUGGGGGGGCAGGCGAGGACUGUGACAUGGAGGACGUGUCCAAGCCUAUUUUGGCCUGGGAGAUUGACACAGCAGACUUCAACACUGCAUAUACAAGGAAAAUAAGAGCAAGCAAUGGUAAGAAAUGCGGCGCUAAGAAGAUGAAGUCAUCCGACAGACCCAGCAGGAACCUGCAAGAUGUCCCUCCUCACGCCUCACUGGAGGAGAUCAAACAGAGGAAAGUGCUCGACCUCAGAAGAUGGUACUGCAUCAGUCGGCCACAGUAUAAGACGUCUUGUGGGAUCUCCUCGCUGGUUUCCUGCUGGAACUUCCUGUACAGCACGCUUGGCGCAGGAAAUCUGCCACCCAUCUCUCAGGAGGAAGCUCUGCAUAUUCUGGGGUUUCAGCCGCCGUUUGAAGAAAUCAAGUUUGGUCCCUUCACCGGCAACGCUACACUGAUGCGGUGGUUCAGACAAAUCAACGACAACUUCCGAGUGCGAGGUUGCUCCUAUAUUCUGUACAAACCACACGGAAAGCACAAGACAGCAGGAGAAACAGCUGAAGGAGCUCUGAUGAAACUGACACAAGGCCUGAAGGACGAAUCCAUGGCCUACAUUUACCACUGUCAGAACCACUACUUUUGCCCCGUGGGGUUCGAAGCCACGCCGCUCAAAGCAGCAAAGGCGUACAGGGGCGCUCUUCCCACUAACGAAAUGGAAUACUGGAUCUUAAUCGGGGAACCCAGCAGAAAACAUCCGGCUAUUCAUUGUAAAAAGUGGCUGGAUAUCGUGACUGACCUCAACACCCAAAAUCCAGAAUACCUGGACAUUCGCCACACAGAGAGGGGGAUUCAGCGCCGCAAAACCAAAAAGGUAGGUGGAAACCUGCACUGCAUCAUGGCCUUCCAGAGGGUCAACUGGCAGAAGCUUGGCCCCUGGGCGCUGAAUUUGGAAAACCUGCGGCACGACUUUCACCAAUCUGCCACGGAAAGGGCCCACGCGAGCGACGACAGCGAAGAGAGGACGUCAGCCAAGCGGAUGGCCCAGCUGGGACGCUCGCACAGCAUGGGAAGCCAGAAAGACACCAGCUGGAAACGCCUGUCCAACAGCACGGAGUACAGACAGCGCAGCUCGCCCGACAGCGACCUCGAAGAAGACAUCACAGACUGAAAGGUUCUUAGGGAUGAGCAGGAUGAGGACUGAGUAUCUAAACAGUAGUGAAGUUAUGAAGUUAAAGAAUAGGUCUGGGGUUUUCUGCAGUUUACUGUUAAUAAACGGCAUGAAAACACCAAAAUGCACUGUUAGUGAAGCGUUAGGACUCUUUAAAUGUCCAAAAACAGCUCAGAUACGUAGUUUCAUUUUUUUUUUAAAUCAUCUCCUAAAACUGCUCGAUGCAUCCAUUUCUUCUGCUUAUCCAAAGUCGGGUCACUUCUAGGCUCAGCAGGUUAUGCCAGAUAUCCUUUUUCCCAGUGACCUUUCCCGUUCCCCCUGCGGCAUCCCAAGGUGUUCCCAGUCAAAAUGAGAUAUGGGUCUGCUAGGGGGUCUCCUCCCAGUUAAAAACCUAUAGAGGGAAGUGACCAGGAAGCAGUUUUUAUUGAAUUUAUUGACAGUAGAAGCUUUACAGAAAUCACAAGAGUCUUUUUUGAAUAUUUAAGACUACCACAUGUUCAGCUCAUUUUAGUGCUUUGAAGCAGAUACUCUCUUUAGGGUGUUUUCACUUCUUGUUUGUCUCCUGUGGCCAUAUCCUUUUUCUUUGCUCACUUUGUCCUUUAGCAGUGAAGACAAGCAAUAUGGAGACAGCUGCUUCGCAAUCAUUACAGAGGCAGUUCCAUGACUGAUCCACAUGAAAUUUCUGGCCCAUGUAGCAUUGCGUGCAGCUUUCAGGUCAGCAGUAACUUGAAAUGGUUUUCCAGCCUUGUGUUUUCAGUCUGAAGCAGUAAACCGACAAACUAACGAAGUAAACUUUGAGGCCAUCAGUCGUCUGCGUCCUUCUAACCGGGGCGACAUUGAACCAGUUACAGUUAUUUCCUCUGGAAAAAGGUUGAGUGUUGAGUGAGUAAAAAUUCAGCAAUAAUUCUCAAAUACAUGUUUCCCAUGUAAAUCGUCCCAACUUUCUCUUUGUAACACUACGGCAAGUUUGGUUCUUCGGUCUGUGGAAAUGUGGAUUGGCAGCAGCCGAAUUUCUUCAAUAGCUCUGUGUUGUUGUGUCGAGACGCAGCAGAAGAACUGAAAUUAAUAAACUCAUUUGUAGCCACCUGUUGCGAAAAGCUCAAAUAUUUGACCAAUCAGAAAACGUGCAACACUUCUGCAGAAUAUCCCAGCAGAACGUUUUCUUCUAAUAGAAACAGGGAGGAUGCUUUGGUUUGCUGUAAUCAUUCCCGCAAGAGAUUUGGCCGCAGAUCAUAAAUGAAUAAAUCUAUAAAUAAUAAAUAAAAGGAGCUUUGAGAAGUCGGACCCACUCAAAGCAAACCUCACGGCGUUGCCGCUCAUCACAGACACGUUUCUGCAGGUUUAAUCUGAGCUGCACCGACACAUCCACUGUACAUUCUUUCAGACGCAGCUCAUCGUACAGGUACAGGAGGUGGGAUCGUUUCUCACCUGGCGUUCAGCGGCUCGUCCAGUUAAAGUAUCGUGAAAGCUGCUGGCGUUGUGUUGUGUUUCGUGAAAUCUCCGGGGGGACGGUAGACAAUCCUGGUGUUUAAACACAGGAGCUGUAGAAACUUUGGACACUCCGAGUGACACUCAUGGUUUAUUUCAGACACGAGCAGUUCCUUUACAUGUUUCUUUGCACCUUUUGUGGGUCCGUUUGUCUCUGACCCACACACACAGUCAUUGUGUACCUAAGUGGGUUUGAUGUAGUGGUUUAUUUAUUGACUUAUUUUACAAUAAAAUGGGAUUUUUAAGAA